AUGAAUCUCACCCUGAAGCUGCGGCGGAGUUUCCGGACGCUCACUGUGCUCCUCGCCACCUUCUGCUUGGCCAGCAUCCUCCUCUCUGCCUACUUCCUCUACUCGGGCUACAAGCAGGAGGUGACGCUCAUGGAGACCACGGCCAGGGCGGAAUGUGCCGACGUCAAGAUGCUGCCCUACCGCUCCCUGGGGCUGAAGACAGCCAGGCCCAUCGCGCCGUCGCGCACCGACCCCACGGUGCUCCUGUUCGUGGAGAGUCAGUACUCCCAGCUCGGCCAGGACAUCGUCGCCAUCCUGGAGUCCAGCCGCUUCCGCCACCACAUGGCCAUCGCGCCCGGGAAGGGGGACAUCCCUCCCCUCACCGACAACGGCAGGGGGAAGUACAUCCUCGUCAUUUACGAGAAUAUCCUCAAGUACGUCGGCAUGGACUCCUGGAACCGCGAGCUCCUGGAGAAAUACUGCGUGGAGUACGGCGUGAGCAUCAUCGGCUUCCACAAGGCCAACGAGAACAGCGCGCCCAGCACGCCGCUGCGGGGCCUCCCGCUGAGCCUCCUGAACAACCUGGCCCUGAAGGACUGCUUCGUGAACCCCCAGGCCCCCCUGCUGCACAUCACCAAGGCGCCCCGCGUGCAGCAGGGCCCGCUGCCGGGCGAGGACUGGACGGCCUUCCAGUCCAACCACUCCACCUUCCAGCCCGUGCUGCUGAGCACCCUGCAGGGGGGCCAGGGCGCCCCCGCCUCGCCCCACGGAACCCUCUACGCCACGGUCGUCCAGGACCUGGGGCUGCACGACGGGAUCCAGCGGGUUCUUUUCGGCAACAACUUGAACUUCUGGCUGCACAAGCUCAUCUUCGUGGACGCCGUGUCCUUCCUGUCCGGGAGGAGGCUGGCCCUGUCCCUGGACAGGUACAUCCUCGUGGACAUCGACGACAUCUUCGUGGGCAAGGAGGGCACGCGGAUGAACGGCAGGGAUGUGAAGGCAUUACUAGAGACUCAAAAUUUACUGCGCACUCAGGUUGCAAAUUUUACCUUCAACCUUGGAUUUUCAGGGAAGUUUUACCACACAGGGACGGCGGAGGAGGACGAGGGCGACGACCGGCUGCUGCGCUCGGCGGCCGCCUUCUGGUGGUUCCCGCACAUGUGGAGCCACAUGCAGCCGCACCUCUUCCACAACGAGUCGGCGCUGGUGGAGCAGAUGGCCCUCAACAAGGGGUUCGCGCUGGAGCACGGCAUCCCCACGGACAUGGGCUACGCGGUGGCCCCCCACCACUCGGGCGUGUACCCGGUGCACAUGCAGCUGUACGCGGCCUGGAAGAAGGUCUGGGGAAUCCAGGUCACCAGCACGGAGGAGUACCCGCACCUGAAACCCGCACGGCACCGGCGGGGCUUCAUCCACGACGGCAUCAUGGUGCUCCCUCGGCAGACCUGCGGGCUGUUCACCCACACCAUCUUCUACAAAGAGUAUCCCGGAGGACCCCAGGAGCUGGACAAGAGCAUCCGAGGGGGCGAGCUUUUCCUCACGAUCCUCCUGAACCCGAUCAGCAUUUUCAUGACCCACCUGUCCAACUACGGGAACGACCGGCUAGGGUCGUACACCUUUGUGAACCUGGCCAACUUCGUGCAGAGCUGGACCAACCUGAAACUGCAGACCCUGCCGCCCGUGCAGCUGGCCCGCAAGUACUUUGAGCUCUUCCCGGAGCAGAGAGACCCUCUCUGGCAGAACCCCUGUGACGACAAACGGCACAGGGACAUCUGGUCCAGAGAGAAGACCUGUGACCACCUACCGAAAUUCCUCGUCAUCGGGCCGCAGAAAACAGGAACAACGGCCCUGUAUUUGUUUCUUCUGAUGCACCCUUCCAUCGUCAGCAACCUGCCCAGCCCCCGGACCUUCGAGGAGGUGCAGUUCUUCAAUGGGAACAACUACCACAAGGGGAUCGACUGGUACAUGGACUUCUUCCCGACGCCGUCCAACGUCAGCGGCGACUUCCUGUUUGAGAAGAGCGCGAACUACUUCCACUCGGAAGAAGCUCCCCGGCGGGCGGCCUCGCUGGUGCCCAAAGCCAAGAUCAUCGCCAUCCUCAUCGACCCGUCCGACAGGGCGUACUCCUGGUACCAGCACCAGCGCUCACACGAGGACCCGGCCGCCCUGAGGUUUAACUUCUACGACGUGAUCACGACCGGAGAGUGGGCCCCGGCCGACCUGAGGACUCUGCAGAGACGCUGCCUGGUGCCCGGCUGGUACGCUGUCCACAUCGAGCGCUGGCUGGCUCACUUCGCCACCUCACAGUUGCUAAUUAUUGACGGACAGCAGCUGCGAGCAGACCCGGCUGCCGUGAUGGAUGAAGUGCAGCGGUUCCUGGGGGUCACUCCCCACUACAACUACUCCGAGGCCCUCACGUUUGACCCCCAGAAGGGCUUCUGGUGCCAGCUCCUGGAAGGAGGGAAAACCAAAUGCCUCGGGAAGAGCAAAGGCCGGAAGUACCCGCCCAUGGACCCAGAGUCCAGAGCCUUCCUGUCCGGCUACUACCGGGCCCACAACGUGGAGCUGUCCAAGCUGCUGCACCGGCUGGGCCAGCCCCUGCCGGCCUGGUUGCGCCAGGAGCUGCAGAAGGUGAGGUAG